UUUAUGGCUCUUCUAUCUCAAUCGUUUAAUGAUCAGUUUGCAAGAAAACCUGCUUACACUGAAAAUGAUUUACUUGAUAAUCUAACGGUUCAUUGUUAUGAUAUAGAUAUCCAUGAAAAACGACACAGUCGGCAACUUAAUAAUACAUUAUUAAUCGAUUUCCUCAAGCUUAAUUUACAUUCGACAGAGACAUACAUUAAAGCUAUGGGGACAUUUGCAUCCUUUUCAGAAUUUCACGAAUAUCUCCAGCACAAUGUUAUUUCAUUGGUUGCUGAUUGGCCAGGUCAAAUACUUCCUCGAAAAGUGAUUACGAUGCAACAACAACAAGUACGGAAGAAUAUUCAAACAGUGGAAAAUUAUCAUUCGCUAAUUCGCCGACAAACAAGAGAAACAGAUACACCCGAACAACUUUCAAGAACAGCUCGCGUUAUCAAUUGCCUUCGUCAUGAUAAUGUGUUUCAGAGUACAUUCGUUUCAACAACAAAAUAUCCUUAUUGUAAAGAAGAUCUAAUAGGUUUAACUAACAAAGUAUCUAUCUUUCUUCUAGAACUGUUUGCUGAUAUUAAAAAUAACACUGGGAAAAGCGAAUGGACAAAACGUGACAAAAACAAAGUUUCAUGCCAUCUUGCAACUCUUAAUAUAGACGUAGAUCAACAGCAUUUGCCAAUGGCGUUCAGUUCAGAAUACCCUCCGUUUGAUCCAUCAGAAAAAUGUCAUCUUCAGAAUUCUUGUAAAAUAUUGCAAUCGACUUCUGAUCAGUCUAUUUCACUUCCAUGUGGCCACAUUUAUCAUCAAUGUUGCUUGCAAUAUCUCGAACAUAAAUAUACGAGUAUCGGUGAAGAUGAUUCUGAGGUUGAUCUCAGUCAAGAAAACGAGGUUCAAUCAACGAAUAAUGAUAAUGGAGUCGAAGACUUAUCAAAGCAACCACUAUUUAAUCUAAAAACUUCAAAUUAG